AUGUUCCUUUCUUCGGACCCUGCAAUACCGCACCCUGAAUGGGCCAACUCUGCGGCCGAAGACUGUAUGCAAGCGGACGACCCGUCUUUGGAUGGCCACGAGAACACCCGUCGAAACAGACCAGACGCGCAGCAACGGCGUACAGAUCAAGUCAAGAUGCCCUCGCACUGGCUCGAAGAGCAUCCCCAAACACCGCGCUAUGAUCUGGAGCAUGACGAGCAGGACGUACGGCGAAUGACUGCAUCUGAGGAUGGAGACAAUCAAGAUACUGGCGCUGCGCCAUCUUAUGCCCCAACAUCCCCGAAAGAGCAAGCAGUGUGCUCCGCAGAGUCUACAAGUUAUCACACUCAAUUGCCAGACUAUUCCUCAAGCUCGCCAUCAUUUCGGGAGAUGGGUUUGUCGAAAUCGCCAGUCUAUUCCGGACAUCCGCUGGAUCACAGCCAAAGAUUGCCUCCCUAUCGAGCACUGGAAUCAUCACACUCGCCAGCAUAUUCCCUCAGCUCGCAGGAUUAUAUCCCUGGAUUGCUAUCACGAGACGAGGAAAUGAGUCCACAUCCGCCUGUGGAUCGAGUUAUGCACAAGGUAGCAUUGCCGGAUUCGCCAAUAUUAUCGGAAGCCCGAGAUGUCGCAAGCAAGAGUAUUCACGAGCACCACGGGGCUAAGGAUCCAGACCCUUGUCAAGAAGCCAAGGUCAGCUCCACGACUCUGAAAGGAACGGGGCCGCCUGCCAGCUUUGACUUCAUAUCCGGCCUACAGCUAAUAUCGCAUCCUGAAGGUCACAGCUCAAGCACACUUGGUCCUGGGCUCUUGCCAGACGCAGCUCGCCAGAUGAGACCUGAUGACAUUGACUCUCUGUUUGAUGAGCCUGGAAACCUCCACAACGAGAUAUCCGCCCUAGAUGCGCCACUUGAGUUCGUAGAGAGCUCGCGGGUCGACCGCGAACCUUUACCUCCAUCUUCCUCUUUGCAAACAGGGCAUCUUUCGUUCGACGAUGCCAGGCUUAUGGACGGAGCUGAUGACUCGGCUAAGUUCAAGGUCAAGCAAGAGGCCGAUAGCGUCGAAUCCGUCCCUGCAACGGAUCUUCCAGUACAUCGUAAUGACUCAACCGGCAACAGAAUUUGCGAUACGAAUGACAUGUUAAGGCCAACUCCAGACUCUUUUACUGCUGCUCAUGGAAGCAUUACGUCUAUCAGAGAAUCCUCAGAGCUAGCCGAAGCUGCUUUCCAAGCUCCUGUGCAUUGCGAUGAUACGCGUACUACAAGAGAGACCACGAAGGUAACAUUAGAAGGUACCCAAAGCACAGAGAAGACCUUAAACAACAGAAUGGAGAAUUCCACAAUGGCACUGAACAACAUCGAUGACGGAGGAUACAGCACUAUAAGAGGGAGGAGCGGCAACCACGACUUCCCUGACCAAUCAGUUCAAGACACACUAAACAACCAUUUAUACGGCUAUGAGGUAGGAAAUGGUCCUCUCGUUCCGGCGAUUUACCCCCAGUACAAAGUAAAUAGCGUUCACCAGCUAGCAACAGGCAAUGAUGUGACUGCACGCUCCGGCAGGGACGAUUACGAGUCACGCCUCAAGCUAUCACACAUUAUGUACUUUUCACAGAGUCAAUCUCGGGCCGCCACGCCGACAAUAUCGAAUCAUGCUGGCCAUAGCAUACCACCCAGUCGACCUGACACACCGCGCCCACGUCCCGAUGGCAGGGAUCCGACACCCUAUGGCUACGAAGUUAUCCAAGACUAUAUCCGACAGAGUGUCGAGCCGGAUUUUCCUGCCCCGAAUUGGAAACGAGAAUGUACUCCAGCUUAUGAGGAUAGGUCCGGCACACCCUCUCCCUUCUCCCUCUCCCGUCAUGAGGCAGAUGUCGAGAUGCCAGACAUUGUAGAUGACUAUGAGCCAAGUUUCACUGGAAGGGAGAUGUCUGUUCCUCCUCCUGCGAUACAACAAUCGAAUACAAGAAGAUCCACUUCACCAGACAAGCCAUGUAUCCCGCCGAUCCCAGAUGACAGCGGACUCUUGAAGCCACCGAAACGUGGCGAGAGGAGGAAGUCCACCGUCCAGGGUGGCAAGGUUGAGAAGAGAUCUGUCACUGGGUCGAAAGCAAAGGGCAAUCCAAAGAGUAGGAAUAUUACUCGGAAACCUACCGCCUCUGUUGGCAAAUUGGUAGAACAGGCCAAGAAAGCGUCUGCCGAAGAUCACGGCGGCGUUGGAGAGGGAGAGUCUAGGCAGAAGGCAGAUGGAAAGGUGGCUGCAGCAGUGAAGAAGAUCGAGAAGCAACUCGAACGACAAGGGGAGGAAACAGACAAAAAGCAGAAGGAUGGCGCGCCAGUGCGAAGAAGUCAGAGGCUCAACAAAGGUGUGAGGCUCUCAAUACCCUGA